CUUUGCUAAUAGUGGUGCUGAGAUUCUCCAGCAUGACGAGGCCCCAGCACACAGAGCACACUCCGUCAAGAACUGGCUUCAGGAUAAUGAGGUUGAGUAUAUUUCCGACUGGCCAAGCAACAGUCCGGACCUCAACCGUAUAGAGAACUUGUGGAGUAUUUUGAAAAGGGAGCUGAGGGAAAGAGACACCUCAACGGUGGAAAAAUUAGAGGUUGAGUUGCGUGCCGCCUGGGAAACGACUCCGCCUCCACGCUUCAGCAUCUGGGCGACUCAGUUCCAACACGCCUAAGCAAGAUCAGGAGGACCGGUCUUUCCUUAAAUAAGUAACCAGAUGUUUGGCCUUGACAGUUUAGGAGGGCAUGAAGAAGCGGUGCAGAAACAGGGCUGAUGCUCCCUCUUACACAACAAAGCAUUCCUGCAGCACUGGGCUUCGUGACAGGGCUGUCACACCAAGAUGGAGGGUGGGUGUGAAGAGUACUACUCACCCACAAGCAAGCAAGAUGUCUGCUCCUCACACCACACCAUCCAAAGAACAUGACAGCAAGCAAGUAUCCAGCCCCUCCAGCUCCCUGUCCUCACAUCGCAAAUUGCUUCAGGGGCGGUGGACCUUGCGUUUAAGAGAUCCCGUAACAGGCAGGUCAGUUGGAUCUCAACAGAAGUGUGCUACAGCCAGAAGUAUCCCAGGAAGUCUCUCAGAUGCAGCAGAUUCCACAUCUCUACCAGCUACACACAGGAACAGCAGAAACACUGAACAAAACAGAGCAAAAUCUGAGAUCCCAAAGAUCAGAACCUCCUCACAGUGCAGAAAUAGUAUUGGAAAGGGUUCUGAAGGUGGCGUGGUGGGUACAAUGAGGCAAGCUAAGACUCCAACCUUUGAGGUAUCUUGUGUUCCUUCCUUGCAUCCCAAAAACUGCAACACAUCUACCUCUUUGCAGCCUGACAGCAGGCAUCCAGCAAGUGGCACUGGUUUUCCUUCCUCUUUGGCACUCAAGGAAGCAACUACCAGCAGCAGCCUGCAGCCCAACACUAGGAGUACAAUGGCUGGGUCUGAGGAGGAUAUCAGAUGUGAACCUUCCCAAGCAACCUCUUCAGACAAGACACCCUCAGCAUUGCAUGGAAGUGACAUCUGGCAAAGGAAGGGAACUACCACAUUAAGGAUGGUAGUAACACCUGAAUUACCAACAUCUUCCCUUGGGAUGGCAUCAUGCCAUUCUUCUGGCUCUCCAGCUAUCACUCGUAGUGUACAGAGGUUACCCACCAGUGUCAAGAAUCUGAUGGAGGGGAGGCUGUCAGAUAGUCCACCAUUCAGUAAUAGCUCCAGUGAGAGUGAGAACCAGAGGCUUAACCUCUCCCAGCCAGUAGAUGGAUUUAAAGGAUUCUCAUCAGCUGAGAUCUGGAACAAACCAUCCAAAAUAGCCUGUUUUACUUUACAUGAGAUGCAAAAGCGAAAGGAAUUAAGGCACUGUCUCUCUAGGGCCUUGCCAUACCCUUGCCCUCAGGGUGACAAUAAAGGAUUGCUCUGCUCUCCAUCAGUUACAGUGGAGAAAGUGUACCACUCUUCUAUCAAUGAUUCAUCCUCUCACACAGUCCCUGAGAAAUCUUUAGGAACAGAUCCAUCAAACUUAGAGUUCUCAAACACCCUCAAGGAUUUAGUGAAUCUCACCACAGUAUCCAGGCCUUCAGGUGAAGCAAGCACUUCAAGAAGUAGUGUAAACAAAUCUGUUUCAAUGUUUCAGCUUCAUGGGAAGCUUGAAGUGCCAGAAGGUCAUGUAAGGCACAGCGCAUCAUUCAGUCAGCCGGUAACACAAAGUGGACUGCCCAAGAACACCACACCUGAUGGACCUUCCAAAAACAACACCACACCAACUGCACAUUCAAGCACUUAUAUGACACCAGCUGUACCUUUCAGAAGGGACACAAAACCAGCUGAUCCUUACAAGACUAAUAUCACACCACCUGUAAUUUUUGGAAGUCAUAUCAAACUAGCUGGACCUUGCAGGAGUAACACUAUGCCAGCUGAAGCUUCCACAAACAACAUUACAACAACUGGACUUCCCAGGAGCACCAUGAUAUCAACUGGGCCAUACUGGAGAAAUGCCACAGAACCAGGACCUCCCAAGAACCAAAACCAGACUACACCAGCAAAACCUUCCAAGCAAAGAAAUGAACCAGUUACUCAGAAUAUACCAGCUAUAAAUUUUAAGAACCAUAACAUAGGUGGAUCUUCCAAUAACCAGAAUACACCAGCCAAACCUUCCAUGAACCAGAAUACACCAGCCAAACCUUCUAUGAAACAAAAUUCAACAAUUAAACCUCCCAUGAACCAGAAUACACCAGCUAGACCUUCCAUGAACCAAAACACACCAGGCAAACCUUCCAUGAACCAAAACACACCAACCAAACCUUCCAUGAACCAAAACACACCAACCAAACCUUCCAUGAACCAAAACACACCAACCAAACCUUCCAUGAACCAAAACACACCAACCAAACCUUCCAUGAACCAAAACACACCAACCAAACCUUUCAUGAACCAAAACACAGCAACUAGACCUUUUAUGAACCAAAAUACACCAACAAGACCUUCCAUGAAAAAUACACCAGCUAGACCAUCUAAGAACCCAAAUACUCGUACACUAAGUGGACCUGAAAACCAAAAUACAUCAACUGAACCAUCCAAGAAUAACAAUAAACCAUGUGGACCUUUCAAUUGCCAGAAUACAUCACCUGGACCUUCUAUGAACAAGAAUAUACCAGCCAGACAUUCUAAGAACCACAGAACACCAGCUGAAUCUUCCAAGAACCAGAGAACAAUGGCUGAAUCUUCCAAGAACCAGAGAACACUGGCUGAAUCUUCCAAGAACCACAGAACACUGGCUGAAUCUUCCAAGAACCAGAGAACACUGGCUGAAUCUUCCAAGAACCAGAGAACACUGGCUGAAUCUUUCAAGAACCAGAUAAUACCAGCAGAACCUUCCAUAAACCAGAAUAAGACAGGUGGAGAUUCCAAAAUUCAGAAUACACCAACCAUACUUUCCAAACACCAGAAUACACCAGCUGGACCUUCCAUGAACCAGAAUGCACCACCUGAACCUUCCAGGAACCACAAUACUCAUGCACCAGCAGAAGUGACACAAAAGCACUCGGGUUUGGCAGCUAAAUCACUGAAUCCUGAGACCUGUAGAGGACUUCCCGAGCAGUUCAUGAGUCCAGGUGAAUACUCCAAGGAAAUAAUGUCAGGAAUGCCAGUGAAGGUUGUGAUAAAACGUCAUAGAAAGGAGGCCUUGACAACACAUAAAGUGUCAGUACAGUCUUCCACUGAUGCAAGGAAACCAGUAUCAGUAACAUCUAUAACAUCAGUAAGGUCAGAUUCAGAACCCAUAGAGCCAGUCAAAUCUACUGACUCAAGAGCACCAGCACCAUCUUCUGUGGCACCAGCAGCUACCUCAAGGGAUCUCAUGCAACCACGUUCAGUCCUAAACAAACUUUCAUCACCAACCAUGCCUCUCCUGCAACCUUCCCUGUGUGCUGAAUAUUCUGUAAGUCCUGAAGUGUUAUCUAUGCCUCCAUUAAAAGCAGUGACAUCAGCUAAGCCUUCCAUAGCACUUGUGACACCAAUAACAUCUUUAGUAAAUCCUUUGCCAUCAUGUUCAACCUUAGAUAAGUUUUCAUCGCCAACCAUAUCUGCCCUGCAGCCUCCUGUAUGUGUUGGACAUUCUGUAAAGCCUGAGGUGUUACCCAAGCAUCCACUAAAACCACCAAAAUUAGCUAAGCCUUUAGUAAGGUCUCCAACACAACAUAUUUUUCCUUCACAGAAUCCUCAGGUGGUAAAUGGUACUGUAACAAAAGGUUUAAAAGUGACUCAACUCGUAAGGAAGCCAAGUCAUUCCCUCAACAGUGCUGGGGCUGCUGAAAUGAUAUCACCUCAGCUACAAUUUGGUGACAGAACAAAUUCUAAGACACUACAUGAAUCAGAAGGAAAAUCCAUUCAGUCAUCACUCAUGUCUUGCCCUGCCACAGCAGCCACUGCUCUUCAAAUGGAGAAGGAAACAUCAAGCAAACUUUUACCUGUGGUCAUGUCAUCUCCAGCACCUUGCACAUCUAAGGAGCUACAUCCUGUGACAUGCCUACCACUGUCCCAGGAACAUCUGGCUGCCCCGUAUAGGACAAAGCUUCAUGCAGCCUCCCUAGAGUUUCUGCCAGGGAUCAGGGAAAGUUUCAGAUGUGUGAAGGAAGGGCAAAACUUUAACACUUCAGCAAAGGAAGAGCUUCUUGGCAGAGUUUCACACAAGAUGUCACAAGAUGAGUACCACAGUGUUAUGCCCAUGAAGAACAAAGAAGGAACAAACAUGACCUUACCUAGAAACAUCAAGGCAGGUAACCAGGUACCACCACCAAAUACACAAAAACAAAAGGCAACACUGCAGGAAGGCUGUGAGGUGAGAGAGGAAGCUGCACCUAUAGGUCAGAGAGUGAGUGAACAACAGUCUUUAGUGAGAAAGAGAAAACACAACUGUGACUCUGAAAGUGCAGGCUUGGGAUCACUUCCUAUCUCCCACCAUGCCUCCUCUCUUGAACACAAAUCCUCACCAAAAAGAAAAAGGAGUUAUAACCCCAAUAUUUUAAGGAAAGAUAACAAGAACAAGAACUCACUGCAGAAUGAGGAUGGUCCUCUGCUUGUGAAUUCAAGAGAGAGUCAAGGAACAGUGCUCCCUUCACAAAGAAGCUGCACUAUUCAAAAGACAUCAGCUUUUCAUGAAUGCAAGAAAGGCUGCAAAACUGGUGGUGAAAAGCAUCUUCAACUAAAGGAUAAAGAUUCUGGAAGGACAAGGGAAGAGGCUAUGGCAGAAGUUGGUAUGAAGAUCUCUCAAUCACAGCAUCAUUCUCCAUCAGUGAAACAAACCACCCCAUCCAGAGCUGGCAGUCCUGAGCCACAUGACAUCAUAAGCACAAUGCCUGAAGUACAUGAACGUCACCGGGGGAUAGUCUUGAGCCCUAAAGUCAUCAUUGUCAGGAUUAAUGACAAAGUGAUUAAAAAUGCCACAAGAAAGGCUGAAGAGGCACAAUUCAAGAAAGUAAAGGCAAGAAAAGCUGUGAGGAAAAGAGAUGUAAGGUUAAGAAAUGCAGAUAAACUAGACAUAUGGAAAACAAAGGCAAAGUGUAUACAGGAUGAGAGGAAUGAGAACAAGCCUUGUCUAUCUACCUCCACUUCUUCAAGCAUUCUCACCAACACUGGCAGCCUGAAUGGUCCUAAGACAACAGAAAAGGAUCCCUGUGUUCAUAAAGGUAAGAACAAAGACUGUGCACUUGACAACAAAGGAAUCUUUAUCUCUCAAAAACUAGAGGCUGAGAUCCCAUAUAAACUUACAACCCAACCCAGGCUGGGGCUUAGCAUCAAGAAGAAAGCAGCAGGCACUUGGGUGGUAGACACUUUGUUCAACAAGCUACAGUUAGACCAAGAGACAAUGCAAUGCACUGCCUCUCCUGAAUCCCAAACCUCUGGAAACAUACAGCUUGCCACACCACCACCUACACAGCUAAUGGAACCUGAGCACCCAACACCUGGGAACAUAAUGACCUUCCUUCCACGACUCUCACAAGCACUAAAAUCUUUGCCCAUGUCCCGCAGCAAAAUAACUAAGAACCAACAGUGCAAAUUACACCAUCUCCCUGAUACCUCUCCCCUGCUAUCCCCUGCCAAACUUCACAAUUAUGACAUAUCAAGAGAGGCAGCAAUGAAUAAGAGUUGCAACACAGCUACAGAAAGUGAUGGGAAGGCAGCAGACAAAGACCCACAGCCAAGUUCAUGUCAGCCUGUGUCUUCAGAAAAGGAUAAGGAUCUGGAGGACUUUGACAUCAGGGAGAAGGCUGUGACCUAUUGUGGUGUAAAGAGGAGGAAGGGAAAGAGGGAAGAGUACAGUGAGAAGGAUGAAAGAGUAAAUCAGCAGAUACCUCAGGAUGGAAGAAUAUAUGGAAAGCAAAACAAGUUGGAAGGAAAAGAGGAUAAGGAACAGUGUCAUCAGAUGAAACAAAAAAUGGUUGGAAAACAAGGCCAGUGUAUAGAAGGAAGAGUAGUGAAGAAAUCAAAUAAACAACCACCUCAGGAAGGAAAAGUGGUUGAGAAACAAAGGCAGCAGAUGGAACAAGGAGUGAAUGUGGAGCCAAAUCAGGUGGAAGAAAGAGUGAUACAGAAACAAAGCCAGCAGGUAGAAGAAGUAGAUGGUAAAAAAAGCGAGGUGGAAGGAAGAGUGGCAAGGAAACAAAAUCAGCAGAUGGAAGGAAACAUGGAUGAGAGACAAAACCAAGUGAAAGUAGGGGUGGCAAGGAAACAAUGCCAGCAGGUAGAAGAAAUAAUGGAUGGAAAAAGCCAGAAAGUGGAAGGAAGAGUGAUUAAAAAACAAAAUAAACAAAAGCUCCAGAAAGGAAGACUGGACAGUAAACAAAGCCAGCAAGUGGAAGGAAAGGUGGAUGGGAAACAGAGCCAGAUGGAAGAAAGACUGGAAAGUAAACAAAACCAGCAUGUGGAGGCAAAAAUGGAUGGGAAACAGAGCCAGGUGGAAGGAAGAGUGGUGAAGAAACUAAACAAAGAGGAAAAAAUGUGUCCUAGUGUGCAGAGGGAGACACGAAACAUGAACAAAGACUCACAAAUCCACAACAACCAGAUCAACACAAGUAAGAGGAAGAGGAGACAGAGUAUACCAGAGAAGAGGAAAGAGGAAAGAUCUGAGGAGACACCAACACACCAAUCAAAAAGAACUCAAUUUGACCACACCAACACUAAACGCAACACACACCUGCCUACACAGACACUACACACAGAUCUGACACAGCCAUACACUGGUCAUAUAUACAUGGGCACUGUACCAAAUUGUAAGCAAACACAUACAAACUCAACAUACACACCUAUUCGCCACAUACACAUGGAUGUUAACCCCACAUAUACCAACAUUAACAUGGCACAGGUGAACACAGACAUGCAUACACACAUGAAUUGCCUACACAUGUACACAAACACUCCACGCGGUCAUGUAAACCUUCCAUAUGCCUACAUAAACACCCCACACAUGCACAUGAACACCCUGUACACACACAACCCUUACAUACACAUGAGCCAAACAUGCGCACACACAAGCCUCACAUACACGCACAUCAACACUCCAAGCAUAUACAUGAAAACCCCAGAGACACACACACAAAGGAGCCACACACAUGCAUACAUGAGUACCCCAAAGAUACACAUGAAUAUCCCAGAUAUGUACAGGGACCCACAAUAUACACACAAAGCUGCUACUGUACGUUUUACACCCUCACGUAUACACAGGAAUUUCUCACAUAUACAAAUGGGCACUGCAGACAUGUACAUGAAGACACCACACAAGUAUACACACCCACAUAACACACCCUCCACUACUGUACGUCCAACACCCUCAAUAAUGCAAGCAAAGGUCGACAAAUACAGACUUCACUCCUAUCGCCUACACCGUGCUCGUCUCCUCACGGCACGCACCUGAGACAAGCUGUGCGGUACCUAACAGGUGUGCUAACUAGCUUACCUGUGCAUUACUUUAUAUGGAUUCAGGUUCAGUACUUGCAAGAAAUUUUUUUGUUGUGGAUUUUCUUUUUUAUUUGAUUUUGUGGAGAUGUGUUUUGUUAAUCCAAAUUAAGUAUAAUGGAUGUGUGUGUGUAUGUGUGUGUGUGUACACGUGCAUGUGCUUGCAUGUGUGCGUGCAUGUUAACAUUUCUUGGAGAGGGCUUCUGUUUAUAAUUAUUUUUUUUAUCCUCCAAUGACAAAGGAUGAAAUGUUAAUCAAAAUCUGUUUUUCACUUUUUUUUUUUUUUUCUUUUAGGUUGCUGAAAUUUUUGACUGGCAGUUAUUUGCUGAGCCUUAUCUCUCACAUGAUUCCAAUAUUUUAUAUUCAAGACAAAUCUUGCUCAUAAGAAAAAUUUACAGUCCAGGUCUGCUAUGUGUAUGUGUAUUAUUUUUCCCACUGACAGGCCAGACUGCAUCCUGUGAUAGUGUGGUUAGUAGGCUUUUUUUUUUUUUUUUUUUUUUAGUACCAACAUAAUGUAUAAUUGUACUUUGAACUAGUUUGAGAAUAUUCUUGAUAAGUCUUAUCCUCAGUAGGAAAAGAACAACGAGAGCUGUAAUAAGCAUCAUUAUACAUUUCAGAAGGCUUUGUAUGAAGUGUACAUUGUCAUCAAUGAUCUAAAAGUAUGUAAUAAAAUGACAGAUAUAAAAAGUAACAUAUGAUGGGUAAAAUACGUAAAUAUUUGAGUGUACCCUAAUUGUCUCUCACCUUUUCAUUUUAUUUUUAUGUCUUUUAUUAUGAUAUUACUUUUAGACAACUAUUAAUGAUAUUUGCUUCCUGUCAAAAUAUCUGAAAUACAAGAUGGUGUUUAUGGUUUUUGUCAUUCUUUUUUGUCUUGAGCCCUAUGCCUGUCAGCAUUUAGGCUCACUUGCCACCACAAAAAGGAGUACAAGCUACAGUAUAUCAGUGGUUCUCAACUGGGGGGGGUGGACCACCCACCUGAGGGAGAAUGGACACUCUCCUGGGGGAGAUGUGAGCACAGGAUGGGAGUGGGAAAAGAAAUAGUAAUAAUAACAAUAAUAAUAGUGUAGGCCAAUACAAUAAUAGCCUAGCCAAGGGCAAUCUAUCUAUGUAUGAUUCUAUCUAUGGUGGCAUAGUUGGGGAAGGGGUUGAGUGGGUGGCACAGGGAGGAGGGGGCCCCAACAGCAUUGAACCAGCUUUGGGAGGCCCCAGCUUGCAUAAGGCUGAGAACCCCUGGUAUAUGUAAUUGUUCCCCUUGGUAUAUGUAAUUGUUCCCUGGUAUAUGCAGUCCUCUCAGGUGGAAAUACAAGUGGCAGAGUCAAAUGUACGUACAUAUUCUUGUUGCUACAAAUGGUGUGUGGUUUUGUUGUGUGCCGUUUAGGAAGUUGCUUUUGUUGAGUAUGUUAUACUUUUUACUUGAGAUGAUUGUUGAAUUUCUGAUGAUUUUAUGUAUUUUUAAGGCAAUUAUAUUUUCUGAUUGCAAAAUUUACUUAAUAAACAUGUAUGGUGUCUGUUUUCAAUGUGACACUUUUGUUGAAGAUUCUCUUACACUUUUCAUUUCACUUGACAGUUGAAUUUCUGAAGAUUUCACUCACUUUUAUGACAAUUAUAUAUUUUACACAAACCUUGUUACUUUACAAAAAUCAUGCCCAUAAUUCAGUGGUAUGUUUAUACUGUUGUUGAAGAUUAGUUUUCAUUUCUGUUGGAUGUUAAUAUUACUCAUUUCGAUGGCAAUUAUUUAUUUUGAUUGUAUAUGACUUUCGUUGUUCAAUAAAAGGUCAUGCCUCUGAUAUUU